CAAUCACGCACGCCAGCACGCCCAGCAGCGUGCCAGCGGUGCCCAGCAAGCCUCGGCGAUGCCCGGCAGCACGCCAAGCGCUUAGAUGUUCUAGUACGCGUAGCACAUGCGCCAGUUGCUUGUCUGUGAUGCGUAGUUAUGUCCGGCAGUGCUCGUGCGAGUCAAGGUCGUUGCCAGCGGGCACGGCAGCCACCAGUCGCACUCAGCAAGUACCCAGUCGUCACUGGCCGUGCACAGCAGCAUGCCAGCAACCGUCCCAACGCGCACACGUUGCCAGCGGCACCAGCCAGCGCCCGGGACCAACCCAGCAGCGCCAGCCAGCGCCAGCGACGCCGGCAGCGCCCAGUCCGCGCCCAGCGUGCGCGAGUGACCGAGUCGGUG